GUAUGUAUGUAUUGUAAAUUGGUAUAGGCUGUUCGGCUCCUCUGCACUUCUGGUACUCAAUUUUAAUACCACAGUUUUGAUGUGAUGUGAUGACUCUAGUCUUCCUGAUUUCCUCCCAUUCCUGAGAAGUUCUGAGCCCAGAAGCUUCAUCUGGCCCACUGAGACAUGGAGACCUGAGCUCUUUUUGCUCAUGGAAGCAAAGAUAAGAAAAACUGGCUAUGUGUCUCUGAAGAAACCACUGCUUAUAUCAAAUGAUCAAACCCAGGUUGGUGAGAGGCAGCAGGUUCUGGUAACAGAAGAAUCCUUUGAUUCCAAUUACUAUGUUGCUCACAAUCCUUUCUAUGAGCAGGUUCUUGUGCCAAAGGAUCCUCUGUUAAUGGGUAAGAUGGUAGAAGUGAGUAUUUAUGAAGCUGGGAAACAUUUUAUGAAGGGGCAACCAGUGUCAAAUGCCAGAGUUUACACUGCAUCCAUCACCAGACCGUUAGCAAAAGGAGAAGUUUCUGGUUUAACAGAG